GUUAAGAGCCUCAUUUUGACUCCAAGUCGAUUAGCAGUACUGUAGUAGCUUCUCACUCUCUCAGUCUCUCAGAUUCUUCACUCCGAAUCAAUGGGAAAACUGCGAUUAAAAAACAGUAAGAAGAGAUCUCAAGUACAUAAAGAAGCAUAUUCUAGUCUAGUUGUGUCUUCAACUGGUACCUCUCCCUCAAUCCCUGAGAAAGCUGAAGAAGAUGUCACUCAAGCAGGAGCAAGAGCUCCAUCUUCGUCUGACAAGCAAUUACACCACACUGCCAUCAAACCCUUCUCUUCCAUCAAACACUGCUCUUGCAUCUCACUGACUGCCUCCUCUCAUUCGUGUUCGAAGCCUCAAUCCAAUCCCCAGAUUUUCGUACCAGGCUCUGAAAAUCGAAAGCUCUGCAGUCAAUUCCUAGUAGUCUGGGGAACCUAGUGAAACUGCACCACCUGAACUUGAGCAACAAUGAGUUGAGCCAUGGAACCCCAACUAAGUUGGGUCAGUUGAAGCAGCUGUCUGUGCUAGAUUUGAGUCAUAAUUUUCUUAGUCAAGAGAUACCAAAGGAGUUUUGUAAUUUGGAAAGCCUGUUGACACUGAAUAUGUCCCACAAUAACCUCUCUGGUAUUGUUCCCUAGACUUUUGCUGACCUUCGUGGCUUGGAGUUCGUUGACAUAUCAUACAAUCGAUUAUGGGGUCCGAUUCCAGAAAACAAAGCAUUUCAAGAAGCUCCUAUAGACGCAUUGCAAGGGAAUCAAGGUCUGUGUGGCAAUGCUACAGGUCUACAGCCCUGCACUAAGAAUCCUGGCAAAAAGAAGCACAGCUCGAACAUUGGUUACAAAGUCGUGUGCUUGGUAAUCCCACCUGUGGUAGGAGUACUUAUACUUGUUUUCUAUGGAAUUUAUAUCACUUACAGAAGAAAAAAGAAUUGUCAAAAAACAGAUGAAGAGGACUUGCACCUAAAGAAUCCACAGUUUAGGCCUACCAUGUAUGACGUUUCUCAGUUUAUAACAAUGCAAAUCGAUCUCUCAGAUAGAGUUGGACUAAUACAAGGCUCAAUAUGUGUUUGAUUAUUUAGUGAGCAGAAUCUGAACAAAUGUAGUAAAGUUUCUAGAUAUGUAAUUUUGGUAGACUGUGCUAGUAUUAAUAUGUAGACUGGAUUUAUAUUGUUGACUCCCAAUGCUUUGGAGAGUCAUUAUUUGAUUUGUCCUCUUCAA